AUGUACUCGAUCAUCAUACUAACGGGUGGAGAUAUGAGAACAGACGCACAUUCCAGCCCCCUUCCUGGAGAGGGUAAGGCAUCCACUGACAAUGUAUUGGGUGCUGCUGUUGCUCCUGGCAUGACCACUGCAUUAGAGCUCAGGAACCCUCCUAGUGUGAAUGCUGCCAAGAUGAGUCCUACUACCAUUCCUCAACCUGGGGUAGUAUUGCCUUCUGAAGGCUGGUUACAGAAUGAGAGGGAGCUGAAACGGGAGAGGAGGAAACAAUCGAAUCGAGAAUCUGCUAGAAGGUCAAGAUUAAGGAAGCAGGCUGAGGCUGAAGAACUUUCACACAAAGUAGAAGCACUGACCACAGAGAAUAUGUCCCUCAAGUCUGAAAUAAAUCAAUUUACAGAGAAAUCAGAGAAACUAAGGCUUGAAAAUGCAGCAUUAAUGGAGAAGCUUAAGAAUGCACAAUUAGGACAUGCGCAAGAAAUGAUUUUAAACAACAUUGGUGAGCAGAGGGCCCCGGCUGUUAGUACAGAAAACUUGCUGUCAAGAGUCAACAAUUCUGCCUCUGAGGAAGAGAGUGACCUGUAUGAACGAAACUCGAACUCUGGUGCCAAGCUACAUCAACUCUUAGAUGCAAGCCCCAGAGCUGAUGCUGUGGCCGCUGGUUGA